CGUUAGUCAUGUACUUCACAAGUAUAUCUACUGCCCAGACUACUGACUGUCUGCACUUGAAGGAGCAAUGUCUAAAUGCUGCAAAUGGAUGCGAGAGUGUCUGGAAUGUUGUUGAAGAUGUCUGCAAUAUUUCAGGUAAUAGAUGCAAGGCAGAAGACGCUAUUGGAUGUAACAGAAUCAUCCAGAUCCUGGCUGAUGAAUACCCAGAAUUUAAAAACUGUGUCUGCACUACAGAUGAUUUCUGUAGCAUCACGAUUUUCCUUGAGAAACAGUGCAGCAUUAAUAAAGAAUAUUUGGAAACUUCCUCAAGAUCGGAUACUGAACUGAGUUUUAGGCAACAGAGGAACCCCAAAGACCAAAGACACCCAGAAGAACUAGAGAAUGACUGCAGUAUUGCAAAACAACGCUGUCGAGAGGAUCGUGACUGUUUUCUAGUGUACAAGAGGUUCCAGCGCGCGUGCCAGGUGGACUCAGCAAAAUGCAGGCUCCUGACGGUCAACCAGGAGUGUUUGUCAGAGUGGAGAGAACUGAGGAAAACAGUGCUGGGAGAGUGCAAGUGCUCAGAGCCACUUCAGAUGAAGUGUGUUAAAAUAUGGAAGGGAAUAUUUAACAACCCUUGUUUACAAUACUCUCAAGAGAGCCUAGCUUCAGCAGCUAGUGAAAAUGACGAUGACGACGAUGAUGAAGUUGACGAUGAGAAAAAUCAGGACACUGACACAGACAAUAUUAGUAUGGAAACAAAACUACAAUGGAGUUUAUCUGCUCUCCCCAAGCAAGCAUACACAGCAAACAGAACCUGUUUGGAUGUGAACAAGGAGUGUGUUGAAGAUGAAGUAUGUAACAAACAGCUGUCCAGGUACCUUAAGGUUUGCUCAGUAAACAAGAAGUGCAACAUGGAAGAAUGUCAAGCAGCCAUAAGGUUCUUCUAUGGAAACAUGCCUUUUGAAGUUGCCCAGAUGAUGACAUUUUGUGAUUGUAUGCAGCCUGAUGAAUCCUGCCACAGAGCCAAAGAACUUCUCCAUGGCAAGUCCUGUGCAAUUACUGCGGUUCCACCCCCGUCAUGUCUGAAUGUAAUCCACAUGUGUGAAGAGAAUGAAUUGUGCAGGAAAAAAUACACAGCAUUUCGGUCAAAGUGUUGGAGAUAUGUGACAAAAAAAUGCUACGAUGAUGAAGCUUGUCUUGAAACUUUAAUCAAGGAUGACAUGCCCUGUUCUGUAAAUGCUGAUUGCAAAGCAGCCUACAUCAGCACCUGGGGCACGAUCCUGCGUGUGGAGUGUACCUGCCAGAAUUUGCCUCUCGCAGAGCAGCCUUUGUGCAAGCUUUUCCAUCACAUGCUUCACAGCAAAUCCUGCUUCAGGGAGUUACGUGAGUAA